AUGGAGGACGAGGAGGGCUACACGGCAUUGAACCGGGGUCCCAAGCAGGGCGGCUUGGGUGGCACAUCCUCAGCCGGGAACCAAGGUUCCCGUCAGUGUCCUGGCUGGCUUCAGGUCGCUCUAGGGGCUGGGAAUCUCAUCCUGGCAGUGGCUGUGCUGUUGCUGGUGGUUUGUGUUUCCCACUUGGUGUCCGAGAAGGAACAGACCCCGGCGGCCCCUGGGAGCGACGGAGCCAGGAGCAGAGACCCCAGCAUAGCAGAAUGCAGCGCCCGCCUGGAGCGUUUCCAAUCCCAGCUGUGCCCCACGGCCCAGCCCGGCCCAGCAGGGGGCUCCGGGUGCAAACUCUGCCCCAUGGACUGGCAGCUGCGCGGGGACAAGUGCUACUGGGUCUCCAGAGGCCUUAAAACGUGGAGCGAGAGCCGCACUGAUUGCAUAGCGAGGGGCUCCCAGCUGCUGGUAAUCCGGGACCCUGAGGAGCUGGAGUCCCUAAAGGACCUGACCCACAGUCCAAUUCAGUUCUGGGUCGGACUGUCCGUCUCCUCCCCGGAGAAGGCCUGGACCUGGCUGGAUGGUUCCCGCUUGGAUCAGACCCAGUUCAUGGUGUCAGGCUGGGAUGAGUGGACCCACUGUGGGAAGCUGUGGGGGAAUCAGAUUCAUUCUGACACCUGCAGCUCUGUACGUAGGUGGAUUUGCCAGAGAGACGCCGUCCCGCUCUGA